GCCGCCCCAGCCGCCCUGCGUGGCCCUGCCACCGCCAUGGAGAACGAGCAGCUCCCGGCACCUCCGCCCUCCAGCAGCGCUGGCGGCACCAGCACGACACCCAGCAGCACCGGCACCGCACGCCCGCCUGCACCGCAGAUCUCCGUCUACAGCGGCAUUCCUGACCGCCAGACUGUCCAGGUGAUCCAGCAGGCCCUGCACCGGCAGCCCAACACGGCAGCGCAGUACCUGCAGCAGAUGUAUGCUGCGCAGCAGCAGCACCUGAUGCUGCAGACGGCCGCGCUGCAGCAGCAGCACCUCACCAGCGCCCAGCUCCAGAGCCUGGCAGCCGUGCAGCAGGCCAGCCUGGCAGCCAACAGACAGAGCGGCUCCUCGGGCAGCAAUGGCACGCAGCCGGCGCCAGUGCAGCAGCCCACGAUCAACCUGGCCACGUCGCCGGCGGCCGCCCAGCUCCUGAACCGGGCGCAGAGCGUCAACCCCGGGGCAUCAGGCAUCGCGCAGCAAGCCGUCCUGCUGGGCAACGCCGCCUCGCCCGCCCUCACCGCCAGCCAGGCACAGAUGUACCUGCGGGCGCAGAUGCUCAUCUUCACACCCACGGGCCCCGUCAGCGCCGUCCGGCCCGAGAGCCCUGCACCUGUCCCACCGCCAGCCCCACCACCCGCCCCACCGCCUGCCACCCCCCAGGUGCACAGCCUGGCGCUGCGCCCCGCCGGCCCCCACCUCCCUGCCCUCGCCAUGAAGCCCCCUGGCAGCACCCCACGGGCCGGCCCCCCCCGGGCUCCCCCACCAGAGAACCCCAGUGACCACCUCAAAAAGGCUGAGGGCCCUGAUGCCCGCACCCACCCCCUGGCCCGCACCGCUGCUGCCCCUGCCACCGCCCACCCGCUCAUCACCCCAGCUUAUGCCCCACUGCAGUCGCCCCAGUUCUUGCAGCAGCCGCCGAAGCCCAUGCAGCAGCAGCAGCAGCAGCAAUUUGUCAUCCAGCAGCAGCAGCAGCAGCAGCAGCAGCAGCUGGCACCCCGUGGGCAGCCCCCCCCAGGUCCAGCUGCCCCCCAGCUCCAGCCGCUGCCCCCUGCCAGCCCCGGCCCAGGCCCCCUGCCCAAAGCGGGAGCCCCCCAUGGGGUUGGGGCUGAGGGCGCAGCCCCCAACGGGCACCCUGGCUGCUACGGGGCACCCCGCAAGUUCCAGCACGCCUCUGCCGUCAUCCUGCAGCUGCAGCCCGCUGGCAGCACGGUGAGGGCCCCCCCCAGCCCCCUGCCCUGGAGGGCGGGGGGUGCUGGGGGCCUGCGUGCACAGGGUGCAUGGGGAGCACCUGUGUGUGCUCGGGUGCAUGUGCUACACACUGUGCAUGCAUGUGCAUGUCAGCUCCAUGCACGCGUGCCACCCUUGUGCCAGAUCCAUGCAUGUGUGCAUGCACAUCUGUUGCACGCCCCGCCGCUGGGUGCCGCAGAGGCCGCCCGCCGGGACGCGCCGCCCGCCACCAGGAGCCCGCCCGCCGCCGCGCCGCCCGCCCCCGCUCCCCCGCCACCCCCCGGCCCCGAGGCGCCGCAGGGGGAGCGCGGCCCCGCGCACGCCGCCGCCCCCGCCCCCGGCAUGACCUCGGGCAGCGGCAGCGCUGCCUCCACCGUCGCCGGCGCCGCCCCGCACAAUGGUGAGAACAAACCGCCGCAGGCCGUGGUGAAGCCGCAGAUCCUCACGCACGUGAUCGAGGGUUUCGUCAUCCAGGAGGGCGCCGAGCCCUUCCCGGUGGGGCGCUCCUCGCUGCUGGUGGGGGGCCUGAAGCCGCAGUAUGCGCAGGAGCUGCUGGCGGAGCGCGCCCCGCAGCACGACAACACCACCACCACCGACUCCGAGAUGGAGGAGCCCUACUUGCAAGAGUCCAAAGAUGAGGGGGCCCCCCCAAAGCUGAAGUGCGAGCUCUGCGGCCGCGUCGACUUCGCCUACAAGUUCAAGCGCUCCAAGCGCUUCUGCUCCAUGGCAUGUGCCAAGAGGUACAACGUGGGCUGCACCAAGCGCGUGGGGCUGUUCCAUCCCGACCGCAGCAAGCUGCAGAAGCCCGGAGGCCCCCCCCACGGCCGUCGCCGUGCCUGCAAAGUGCCCACGCUCAGCAAGGACACCAAGAAGCAGACGCCGGUGUCCCUCCCGCCGGGUUCGGGGCCGCUCUCGGUGACAGCGUCGCUGCAGCUCAACCACAGCCAGGAGGACUCGAGCCGCUGCUCGGACAACUCGAGCUACGAGGAGCCGCUGUCUCCCAUCUCGGCCAGCUCGUCCGCCUCCCGCCGGCGCCAGGCUGAGCGUGACCUGGAGCUGCGCGACAUGGAGCUGCCCGACAUGCACGUGCGGGAGCUGGCGGGCAUCGGGCACCGCUUCCUGCCCAGUGAGCCCAGCAAGUGGAACGUGGAGGACGUCUACGAGUUCAUCCGCUCGCUGCCAGGCUGCCAGGAGAUCGCAGAGGAGUUCCGUGCGCAGGAGAUCGAUGGGCAGGCGCUGCUGCUGCUGAAGGAGGACCACCUGAUGAGCACCAUGAACAUCAAACUGGGGCCGGCCCUCAAGAUCUACGCCCGCAUCAGCAUGCUCAAGGACUCCUAGAGCCGCGCCGCCGGCUCGCACGGACGCUCCCGCCGGGUGGGGGAGGGGGGGGACACAGCCGUGCCCCCCCCCCCCCCAGCCCUGCCUGAUGUGGUUGGGGGGGGUGGGACCCAUCACUUAGCACAAACAGCCCCGGGGCAGCCCCCCCUCGGCUGCGGGGUGUGUACAUAUAGCCCGUAGCGAUAGUGGCCCCACUCCGGCAGGGAGCCCCCCCGGCACGGCACGGCGGGGCACAGCAGGACGGUUGCCUUAACGCGUGGCCCCGCCAGGACCCAGCUGCCUGCCCCAGGGUGGGGUGGGAUGUGGGGGGGUGCCUCGCAGAGAUAGCGCUGCCCCCAGCGGGGCUGCUCCAGGGGCACCUCAGUAAAGGACGGAAGCGGUGGGGGCUUGGCACCCCCAGCAGGUAAGGACCUCCCUCCCAGCCCGCACCGCUGCCGCCGGCCGCCACGAUCUUUCUAAGAAAAGGAGGAAAAAAGAAAAAAAAAGGAAAAACACAGACACCACAACCCCUUUUUUUCCCCGUUUUUGUUUCUAAUAAACGCUGAAAAAGAAAACUA